AUGCACGCAUCAAAUCUGGGAGAGAUCACUGCUCUCAUGAAAGAUGCUUCCCUCCAUAUCCCCGAGCAUCACUAUGACGUCGCAGAUGUAACUCUUCAUUGCAUUUUGGAACGUCUAACGGAGGCCUCACGAACUAGUCAGCUGAGUCCCGUCGAAUAUGCCAGCCGUCGAGCCUGUAUCCUUAGUGAACUAGCUAACAGUUCGCUGCAAAGUACUCACUCCGAUGCUGAGAAAAUUUUUGUUGAGACCAUCUCCCCCUCCCUCGCCGUUGGGAUGAAUCCCAAAGAUGCCUACUCCUACUCACUAAAUUUCCUUGUUCAUAGAGAUCAUAUAAAGGUUAACGGCAAACUUCUCGUCGCGCUGAAAUCAGCUUGUAGGAUAUAUCCCCAAAACCAUGAAAACUGUCUAAAUCUCCGUGUCGAUUUGACCGAUGUUGAGAGUCAAAUAUGUAACGCCAAGGGUGCCUCGGAGAGCCUUCGAACGGCAAUCGCAGAUGCCAACUGUGCCCUUUUUGCACUGGAGCAAUGA